GUAGGAAACUUCCCGGUGUUGGCAUGUGUUGUUUCAAAAGGACAGUUUUUUUUUGUUGGGAAAAACCUAUUUACUGAUGACCGCCUCUCGAAUUAUCGAUCUAACUUGAAAUUAUUCCUACUGCACCAAAAACGUCAAGGCAAAAUUUUCUUAAUCGUUUCAUUUAUUUACUGUAGCUUCUUGUCCCUAAAACUAUCACAUUCUCAUCUCUCCAAUGGCGAGCUCUUCCAUUCGCAGACUCUCCCAUCACCCAUGUCGCCUCCGCUUUACCCACUUCUUCUCUUCUUCUUCUUCACCUCGCCGUGUAGUUGUCACUGGCAUGGGCAUGGUGAGUCCACUAGGACGCGGCGUCGAAACGACAUGGAAGCGUCUAAUUGGUGGGGAAUGUGGGAUUAGGGCAUUGUCUCCGGACGAUCUCAGGAUGAACUCGUUUGAUGAGGAGACGAAGUUGUAUACUUUCGAUCAGCUGUCCUCUAAAGUUGCAGCCUUUGUGCCUUGUGGGUCAAAAACAGAUGAAUUCGAUGAAGGGUUCUGGCUAAACUCAAAGGAGCAUCGUUCGACUGCAAAGUUUAUUGGGUAUGCUUUAUGUGCGGCCGAGGAAGCUUUAAGAGAUGCGGAAUGGUUCCCAACUGAGCAGGAAGAAAAGGAGAAAACAGGAGUCUCUGUUGGUGGAGGAAUUGGGAGUAUAAGUGAUGUAGUGGAUGCUGCUCAAUUGAUUUGUGAAAAGAGGCUGAGACGACUUAGCCCGUAUUUCAUUCCGAGAAUAUUGGUGAACAUGGCAUCAGGUCAUGUGAGCAUGAAGUAUGGUUUCCAGGGCCCAAACCAUGCUGCUGUGACAGCUUGUGCUACUGGUGCACAUUCUAUAGGCGAUGCCGCAAGGAUGAUUCAGUUUGGAGAUGCAGAUGUCAUGGUGGCCGGUGGGACUGAGUCCAGCAUUGAUGCUUUAUCCAUUGCAGGAUUCUGCAGGUUAAGGGCUCUGACAACUAAGUACAAUUCUUCCCCUCAAGAAGCUUCACGGCCUUUUGAUUGUGACCGAGAUGGUUUUGUGAUAGGGGAGGGUUCGGGCAUUUUAGUAUUAGAGGAGUUUGAGCAUGCAAAAAGACGUGGUGCAAAAAUUUAUGCCGAGCUUUGUGGCUACGGAAUGUCAGGUGAUGCACAUCAUAUUACUCAACCUUCUGAAGAUGGAAAGGGAGCCAUUUUAGCUAUGACUCGGGCUUUAAAACAGUCUGGUUUGCGACCAAGCCAGGUUGAUUACAUAAACGCACAUGCAACAUCCACCCCACUUGGAGAUGCAGUGGAAGCCAAAGCUAUCUUAACCCUUUUCUCUGAACAUGCUACUUCAGGCACCUUGGCCUUCUCUUCCACAAAGGGAGCUACCGGGCAUCUUCUUGGAGCAGCUGGAGCUGUUGAGGCCAUUUUCAGCAUCCUGGCCUUGCAUUAUGGUGUUGCUCCUCCGACGCUGAACGUGAAGAAGCCUGAUCCCUUGUUCGACGGGGCUUUCAUGCCAUUAACCGCUUCAAGAGAGAUGCCCAUUAAGACAUCCAUGUCAAACUCUUUCGGCUUUGGAGGGACAAAUGCUUCUCUACUCUUCACUUCUGUCUAGAAGUUUGCAAACACACUGAGGUCAUUGCAGGCUUGAAUUGUUUUCAUGGCGAAAAUUUUGAUCUAAUAUUUCUUCUGUUCCAUCAAACUACACUCAACACCGAAACACCGACACCGUGGAUUGCAACAAAAUUGUAGCUUUGCGAAAUUUUCCUGCCAUUGAGAAGAGAAACAUGAUUAUAUAUACACUGCAAGAGCCAAACUCUGGUGCUGGGUAAUCUAAUAUGUUUGUUGAUCAGGAAGAACAGAUGAUGAUCCUCCGACAGCAAAAAGUGUCAGAUGUUAGCUUUGUUGUAAGAGUGAGAACAUGAACUAUGAUCAGACAAAUCAGCUUGACAUGUUCCACAAGCUGCAAAUCUGUAUACACAAACUUUAUAUGCUGUUCCUGUCUUCC